UGUUGCCUUCUUUCGGGUAUGAGACGUGAGAGGCGGAGAGAGAACGAGAAGGUGAAGCAAGUGUUGGAGAGGGAGACAGGCAGAAAAGCACAUGAGUAGAGAGCAGCUGAGAGGAGAGAGACAAGAGUCGGACAAUUCCUGUCGUCCAUGGUGAGGAUACUCGGACUCUUGUGAAGACAGUGGUGGAUCAAGAUGAUUGGAGAUGGAGAGGACCUCUGAAGGGAACCAUCUUCUAAGUUUGGCUCUCCAGCGCACUGGAUUUGAAGAUUCAUUGUCCAAGUAGUAAGCAGCGAGUGGGAUCAAGACAUCGUCACAUAUGACGCCCUAAAGUCCAACUUGUGCAGAAAACCUGAACAAACAGAACAGUGCUGGAACACCUCGUAAGGGCCCAGAGCCUGAGGGUGGUCCGACCAUGAAAACUUCAAUCACUGUGGUCCCGCCCUCCAGCCUGCUGCUGGUCCUUAUGUGCUGCCCCCUGCUGGGUUUGGCACAGUCCGCCAACAGCAAUAAGGCCAGCGACCAUGGCCGCCCCUCACACUUGAGCGAUUCAGACCCGCAACGCUGCAUGAGGCAUCACUUUGUUGAGACAAUCAGCCACCCAAUUUAUAAGUGCACCUCCAAGAUGGUGCUUCUGGCACGCUGCGAGGGCCGCUGUGGCCCGACGACGCGCUCCGACCCGCUCAUCUCCUUCAGCUCGGUGCUCAAGCAGCCCUUCAAGAGUACUUGCUCCUGCUGCCGCCCGCACACCUCCAAACUCAAGGCUGUGCGCCUGCGCUGUGCCGGUGGCACUCGCAUCACUGCCACGUACCGGUACAUCCUGGCCUGCAACUGCCAGGAGUGCAGCUAAAUUGAGCGAAGCAAUUUUGGAGUGGGGGGGCAGGUAAUUCCCUCUCUAUUCCAGACCCUAAAAGACUCUCACGUGGCAACCGGUUUUUCAGAGCCACCUCGAACUGAUUACAAUGUUCUCCAUUAUUGUGCAUUCUGCAUGACAACAAAACAACUUUUCUCAUUAACGAAGCUUAAAAAAAAGUCACCCCAUUUGAAGCUCAAGCUUUCAUGGAGCAUCUGCACUGCAAUUGUUGCUCCAAACCCUGACCCAGAUAAAUUUGUACCUACUUCCAAUGCAGGAUUUCAUCUGGUGGUGCAAAUCACAAGAGACAUUGGCAUGCAAAGACGUCAGCUAAACUAUAAAAAGAAGAAGUAAUAAAAA